UCACACUUUUCAAGAUGGCUGCUUCCAUCACAGGAUUAUUAAAACCUUGGACACCAAGAGUGCUCCUGGUGAGGUGGAGCAGAUACAACCCGUACUACCUGGAGCCAGAGGUCAGGAAGGAGGCCUACAGCACACCGGAGACGGAGCUGAGCGCCGAGGAGAAGGAGCAGCGGCAGCUCAAAACCCUCCGACCCAUCAAGGCAGCAACCAGUGGAGUCAGCAGCUCUGUUUUCAGCGACCCGGUCCUCAGUAAAUUCAUCAACAUGAUAAUGACGGACGGAAACAAGAUUUUGGCCAGAGGGAUCAUGACAGACACGCUGGAGCUCAUAAAGCGGAAACAGGUUGAGAAAUACCACAAAGCUCCAGAAGGGAAGAAGCAGGAGAUCGAGUGCAACCCGUACACCAUUUUCCACGACGCUCUGGAGAACUGCAAGCCUGUCGUUGGGCUGGCCAGUAUCCAGAAAGGUGGAAAGUACUACCAGGUGCCCAUCCCUCUUUCGGACAACCGGCGGCGCUUCCUCGCCAUGACAUGGAUGAUUGAAGAGUGCAGGGACAACAAACAUCGACGUAUGCACAUGUAUGAAAAACUCUCCCAGGAACUGCUGGCAGCAUCUGUGAAGGAGGGCAACGUUAUCAAGAAGAAGUUUGAGCUGCACAAGAUGGCCGAAUCCAACCGAGCCUACGCUCACUACCGCUGGUGGUAGAAAGAAACAAUAAGACUGAACAGCCGUUCGGUGACACAUUUUUGCUCCUCAAAGCGUUUGUCAAUAACCAUUAAGUCCUGUGUUGGAAGGACGACAGUGAAACACAAAAGGGUGACCUGGACUACUGUCACAUUUCGUAUUGAGGAACUGCAUCGUGUACAAUGUACAGACGUGCUCAACUGUAUUGUUAAUAAACAAUAAACACAAUUAAAAGGAAAAACUUCAAAGAUUUAUUAGAACAAAUGUAUUACAUGGACAACCCAACCAUAAAAAAUGGAAUUGAGAAAUGUAAAAAUGUAACAGUGUAAUAAAAUAUAUGAACAGAUA